UUCACUCACACCUGCAUUCAAUCUCAAACAAGCCACGGAGCCCUGGCUGCUGGCAGCUCGGAAGGGAGGCCAGCCACCAUGAGGGCCGGAAAGCACGCCAGGCUGAAGGUUCGUGUGUUCCAGCAAGCCGCGUGAGUCCACGUGGGGGCCGAGCCAGUCCUACCGACCAUGAGCCGUCAACUAAAGGGCCUGGGGGAGGAAGCAGGAGGUGCAGUGAGAGGAAGCUCGAGGAGCGGCUCUCCAGGUACAGAUGACAGGUCUGAGAGGAGACUCUCCAGGAAGCAGGCCCCCAAAGCCGAAGGUGCAGCAGGCAGGCGCGGAGCCCUGCCUGGCCAGAAGGAGCAGGCCAGGGGCAGCCCAAGAGCAGGCUCCCCCCGGAGAAAGCAGGUGGAAAGCAGGAGACACCGAGAGGAGCUGGGGGUACAGGAGCGGAGCACUGUGGAGAGGACCCGAGAGGGGAGGAGGAAGAGAAAUGGAAGGACUUCCCUCAAGGAGCAGAGAACACCCCCAAAGAAGGAAAAGGAGGUGUCGAAGAAGGAGACACAGAAGCAGCGGAAGAAACACAGAUUGCCUUCCUUAGCCUCCAGCACCUCUGGAGGGGAGUCUCUGUCUGAGGAGGAACUGGCCAAGAUCCUGGAGCAGGUGGAAGAGAAGAAAAAGCUCAUUACCACCAUGCGCAACAAGCCCUGGCCCAUGGCGAAGAAGCUCACGGAGCUCAGGGAGGCCCAAGAGUUUGUGGAGAAAUAUGAAGGAGCCUUGGGAAAAGGAAAAGGCAAGAGACUCUACGCCUAUAGGAUGCAGAUGACUAAGAAAUGGAUCAAGUUUAAGAGAGACUUUGAUAAUUUCAAGAAUCAAUGUAUUCCCUGGGAAAUGAAGAUCAAGGACAUUGAAAGUCACUUUGGUUCUUCAGUGGCAUCAUAUUUCAUCUUUCUCCGAUGGAUGUAUGGAGUUAACCUUGUCCUUUUUGGCUUAAUAUUUGGUCUAGUCAUAAUCCCAGAGGUACUGAUGGGCAUGCCAUAUGGAAGUAUACCCAGGAAGACAGUGCCUCGGGCUGAGGAAGAAAAAGCCAUGGAUUUUUCUGUCCUCUGGGAUUUUGAGGGCUACAUGAAAUAUUCUGCUCUCUUCUACGGCUACUACAAUGACCAGAGGACCAUUGGGUGGCUGAGGUACAGAUUGCCCAUGGCUUACUUUAUGGUGGGGAUCAGCGUGUUUGGAUAUAGCCUGAUGAUUGUCAUUAGAUCAAUGGCCAGCAACACCCAGGGCAGCACGAGCGAUGGGGAGAGUGACAACUUCACAUUCAGCUUCAAGAUGUUCACCAGCUGGGACUACCUGAUCGGGAAUUCAGAGACGGCUGACAACAAAUAUGCCUCCAUCACCACUAGCUUCAAGGAAUCAAUAGUGGAUGAACAAGAGAGUAGCAAAGAAGAAAAUAUCCACCUGACAAGAUUUCUCCGUGUCCUGGCCAACUUCCUGAUCAUCUGCUGUUUGUGUGGCAGUGGGUAUCUCAUUUACUUUGUGGUGAAGCGAUCCCAGGAAUUCUCCAAAAUGCAGAAUGUGAGCUGGUAUGAAAGGAAUGAGGUAGAAAUUGUGAUGUCCCUGCUUGGGAUGUUUUGUCCCCCUCUGUUUGAAACCAUCGCUGCCCUGGAGAAUUACCACCCGCGCAUUGGACUGAAGUGGCAGCUGGGACGUAUCUUUGCGCUCUUUCUGGGGAACCUCUACACAUUUCUCUUGGCCCUGAUGGAUGAUGUCCACCUCAAGCUUUCUAAUGAAGAGACAAUAAAGAACAUCACUCAUUGGACUCUGUUUAACUAUUACAACUCCUCGGGUUGGAAUGAGAGUGUGCCCCGGCCACCCCUGCACCCUGCUGAUGUGCCCCGGGGUUCUUGCUGGGAGACAGCCGUGGGCAUUGAAUUCAUGAGGCUAACGGUGUCCGACAUGCUGGUAACGUACAUCACCAUCCUGCUGGGGGACUUCCUACGGGCUUGUUUUGUCCGGUUCAUGAACUACUGCUGGUGCUGGGACCUAGAAGCUGGAUUUCCUUCAUAUGCUGAGUUUGAUAUUAGUGGAAAUGUGCUGGGAUUGAUCUUCAACCAAGGAAUGAUCUGGAUGGGCUCCUUCUACGCUCCGGGCCUGGUGGGCGUGAACGUGCUGCGCCUGCUGACCUCCAUGUACUUCCAGUGCUGGGCAGUGAUGAGCAGCAACGUCCCCCACGAACGCGUGUUCAAAGCCUCCCGAUCCAACAACUUCUACAUGGGCCUCCUGCUGUUGGUGCUCUUCCUCAGCCUCCUGCCAGUGGCCUACACCAUCAUGUCCCUCCCGCCCUCCUUUGACUGCGGGCCAUUCAGUGGGAAAAACAGAAUGUAUGAUGUCAUCCAAGAGACAGUUGAAAAUGAUUUCCCAACUUUCCUUGGCAAGGUCUUCGCUUUCCUCGCCAACCCGGGCCUGAUCAUUCCAGCCAUCCUGCUGAUGUUCCUGGCCAUCUACUACCUGAACUCAGUUUCUAAAAGCCUUUCCCGAGCUAAUGCCCAGCUGAGGAAGAAAAUCCAAGCGCUCCGUGAAGUUGAAAAGAGCCACAAAUCUGUCAAAGGCAGAGCCACAGCCAGAGAUUCAGAGGACACAGCUAAAGACAGCUCCAAAAAUGCCACCCAGCUCCAACUCACCAAAGCGGGGACCAUGCCUCACUCUGCCAGCCAAAUCCAGACCCUGGACAUGAAGGCCCCGGGCCCUGGGACCUCCAGUUCUACGAGCAGGACCGCGCUGCCCACCUCAAGGCACCUCCUGGUAUCUCGGCCUCCUAGCAACAGACCAGAUUCUGGCCAAGCCCGGCCUCAGACUCAUGCUGGGAGGUCAGCCUCUAGAAAGAGUACUCAGAGACCUUCCCACUGACAGUUGGGACUCUCAGGAACUCCAUCCUGGGGCUGAUCCUCUGGCCCCAACAGCUCCCAUGCCCAAACCAGUGUGCUCUUUUCCUUUCUCCUCUCACACACGUGCACAUUCUCUCUCCUCUUACUGAACUUUGAUUACUUAAUCUCAGGUCCUUGUGGCUACGAAAAUGGGAGGACAACGGCUUCAUCUGCCUUUAGGGGCGCUGAGCCUCCUGCCUCCCCAUAACUUUCCUUCCCACUAUCUUGGUUCAGGUAGCUCUGGACCUUGUACUUAUGGUGGUUGCCCUUGGCUCCAGACUUUGGGAGGAGGGAGCAGGGCCGUGACCACCAUCAUAGACUUUUCUCAUGGCACCCAUGUUGGAACACAGGUUUCCACCAGCUCUACCAACCGGGAGGAGGGUGCAGAGGGGCCCACAUUCCUGACCAUCACCUCUAUCCAAAGGAAGGGAGGUGGUCAAGAAGCCAAUGAAAAUAAAAGUAAAUGAACCAAAUCCAGCCAUGGUGAGUCGGAAGACGGCGAUACCCCAGAAUCCAGUCUGAGGGGAGCUGAUGCAAUUAAGCACCAAAAAUGCACUGGAGCCUCCCAGCAGCAAGACAAGGAGCGAGUGAGUAGCAUAGCACUUCUUAGCUGAAUGAAGGAAACUUAGAAGAUUGCUCAGGGCAGAAAAGUCUUUCUCAUGCACCAAAUUCUAAAAGGACUUUGAUAGUCUGCUGAUGCUGUAAGGGAUGUUGAAGAUGGUUUCUUUCCGGAGUUUGGCAAAGGAUGCAAAGCCUUGUCUCUGGCGAUUCUAUGUUCAUUUAGUGUCAUCUGUGGUUCUGUUCAGAAUGACUGCUAAGGGGCAUAAGCUGAGGAGGCCAGACCAUUGAGAAGGCUUUGCCAGGAAGGGCAAAGGCUCAGCACAGUCACGGUCUAGGACUCUUCGGCAGCCCAGGAAUCUUGCAGGCAGACUCUUUCUUUCCUCUACUCAGCGCUCACAGACCCAGGUGAGCAUGUGCUUCAAGAUCAAGGGACCAUCUCACCUUUGUCUUUGCAUGUUUGCUCUCACAGUCACCACCCAACCAUGUUCCCAGGGCUUCACAGGAGAAUUCCCCACACCCUGGAAGUCAGGCAAAGUCCUGGUGGAGAUUUUACAGGGAUUUCAGAAGCUAUACAAUUAGAAUAAUUUCUAACUUCCCUUCCAAUUCUUUCCCCUUCCCAACCCGGUGCUGAAACUUCAAACACAACCUGAAUGGAGUGAGAAUGGGGACAUGUGACAGGGA